AUGUCACUUCAUCUGAUUGAUAUUAUUUCACAACUUCGUGAUAAAGAUAUUAAAUUAUUAGCAGAACUUUACGAAAAGAUAUUAAACGAAUUCUCAUGCAUCAUCAAACCGGAAAAUGUGAAAUUAACGACACUUCUACAUUACAAAGGUUUCAAAUUUGAACACUUCAGUCCUAUAAAGAAAGAAGAAGAUAUUCUCAAUAUAUAUCCAACAGAAUCUCCUUUAUACUAUAUUGCAUGGGAUAAAGUUGAUGACCUUAAGAGCAAAUUCCCAAAUCUUGAUAUUAAUAAGAAAAUAAAUUAUGAAAUCACACCACUUAAUUGUGCAAUUAAAUAUGGAUCAGAAUUAUGUUUCAAUUAUUUGAAAAAUUUAGGUGCUCAAUUUACUGAAUACUCCGAAAAAUAUGCUGUUCAAGGCGGAAAUAAAAUCAUUUUUAUGCAAAUGAUAGAGGAAGGUAAAUCAUUUGAUAAAAUGAUAAAUACAGCAUUGAAAUAUCGAAACAAUGAAAUUGCUAACUACCUUAAAUUAAAUUUUGGUCAAAGUCCUGAUUCAAUAGCAGAAAGUAUGUAUUUCGGAAAUUAUGAUAUUGCCUCUUAUUUACUUUCUAAUGGAGAAAAUGUCAACAAAACUUAUAAUCUCUUUCUUUUCAUAUUAAUCAUCAUUUAA